AAUAAAUGUAUAAAUAGACUAUAUUUAUUUCCGCUUUAUCUGUGUAUAUUCCUGGCGGGGACAAUAUUUUGUAAUCAUACCUAGACUAGCUCUAGUCUAGACUAGAGUAGACUACAGAUCUCUAUGAAAAUGCCUGGAAUGCUGAAGUACAUCGAGGUUGAAAAUUUUAAGUCCUACAAAGGAAAACAAAAAAUUGGACCUUUCAAAAAAUUUACUGCUAUAAUUGGACCUAAUGGAUCAGGUAAAUCUAACCUUAUGGAUGCCAUCAGCUUUGUGAUGGGUGAAAAGACCACAAAUCUUCGCUCAAAGCGUUUAGGGGAUCUUAUUCAUGGUGCCCCUAUUGGAAAUCCAGCAUCCAAUCGAGCAACUGUCACAGCUGUGUAUGGGGAAGAGAACAGUGACAGGGAAAUGCACUUUCAGAGAAUCAUCAAUAACAAUUCUUCAGAAUAUAGGAUUGAUGGACACACUGUUACAUCUCAGCAGUACACUGAAGCUUUAGAGAGAAUUGGAAUUCUGAUCAAAGCCAAGAAUUUUCUGGUGUUUCAAGGAACAGUGGAGAGUAUUGCCAUGAAGAAUGCUAAAGAAAGAACUGCUAUGUUUGAAGACAUCUGCAAGUCUGGAGAAUUGAAAGAGGAGUACGAGCGAGCUAAAUUGGAAAUGUUGAAAGCUGAAGAAGACACACAGUUUAAUUUAAAUAAGAAAAAGGGAAUAGCAGCAGAAAGAAAAGAAGCCAAGCUGGAAAAGGAGGAGGCUGAGCGUUAUCAGCGACUGAAUGAACAGUUGGUUGAAAAACAGUUAGAGCUGGCCCUGUUCAAGUUGUUUCAUAAUGAGAAAGACAUUGAAGAAAUCACAGAAGAGUUGAGUAAAAAAACUAGAACAUUGGAAAAGGAAAAUAAAAGGCGUGAAAAAAUUGAAAAUGAGAUUAGGGACAAGAAGAAGGAACAGGGAACCCUUAGCAGGGAACUGACUAAACUGGAGCAACAGAUUAAAGAGUCUGAGACUAACCUUAACAAAAAGAGACCUCAGUAUAUUAAAGCAAAGGAACAGACUUCUCAUAUGACCAAGAAGUUGGAUGCUUCUAAGAAGUCUCUCAAGCAAGCUGUGAAGAAACAUGAAAACCACAAUCAAACUCUGGCUGAGAUACAGGAACAGUUGGAUGAAGUCAUGCACAAACAAAAGGCUUUCGAAGCUGAGCUAGAAGAAGAGUCUCAGUCUCAAGGGCGAUCUCUACAGUUGGAAGAAAGCCAGGUACAGCAGUAUAACCGACUGAAAGAAGAGGCAGGGCGUCGAGCAGCUGAGUACAUGCAGGAGUUAGAUGCUAUCAUUCGAGACCAAAAGAUGGACCAGGACAGGCUGGACAGUUGUCUGAGAGACAUAGCCACCUACGAAGCAAAACUGAAACAGAAACAGCAUGAACUAGAGGAAAACAAGAACAGAGUUUCUAAAUUGGAAGAUUACAUAACAACCAGCCGCAGUGCCCUUGAGGAUCAACGUAAAGUAGAACAGGAGUUAGCUAAAGAUGUCAAUGAAUCAACUUACAGGAUAGAUGAAAUCAACAGAGAGCUGGAGAGUAUUACCAUGCAGCUUGGGGAAGCUAAGGUUGACAGGCAAGAAUCAUCUCGUGCCACAAGAAAAGCUGAGUUGAUUGACACUUUAAAACGACUUUACCCUGGAGUGCAUGGUCGUCUGAUUGAUCUUUGUGAGCCCAGCCACAAGAAAUACCAAAUAGCUAUUACCAAAGUUCUGGGUAAACAUAUGGACUCUAUUGUGUGUGACUCGGAGAAGACAGCCAAAGAUUGCAUCCAGUACAUGAAAGAACAAAGAAUUGAGCCGGAGACAUUUCUGCCACUUGAUUACUUGGAAGUUGGUCAGAUCAAUGAAAAAUUAAGAGAUAUCAGGGACCCCAAGAAUGUCAAACUGGUCAUUGAUGUCAUCCAUUAUGACCCCCCUGUUAUCAAGAAAGCUUUGCUGUUUGCCUGUGGUAAUGCCCUGGUCUGUGAAACUGUGGAGGAUGCAAGACGAGUAGCUUUUGGUGGUGUGGAGAGACAGAGGUCUGUGGCAUUGGAUGGUACAAUCUUCAAUAAGUCUGGUAUCAUUUCUGGAGGUGCCAGUGAUCUGAAAGCCAAAGCUCGACGCUGGGAUGAGAAAAGUUUGAGCCAGCUGAAAAACAAGAAAGAGAAACUGAUGGAAGAGCUGAAGGAACAACAGAAGAAGAAACGUAAAGAGUCUGAACUAAACACAAUCAGAUCACAGAUCAAGGGUCUGGAGACACGUCUCAAGUACAGUGUUACAGACUUGGAGAACACGAGAAACAGAACCAUUCGACACAAUGAGAAUCAGAUUGCAGAGUGUCAGAUGAAAAUUGAAAAAGCUUUGCCUGACCAGCAGAAAUUAGAGAGAAGUAUAGAUGCUAGGGAGGUGGACAUCAAACAGUUGAGAGAUGAGAUGAACAGAGUGGAAGAUGCAGUGUUCAAAGAUUUUUGUGCAGUCAUUGGAGUCUUGAAUAUUAGACACUAUGAAGAGAGAGAACUCAGAGCCCAGCAAGAAAGAGCAAGAAAACGUAUGGAGUUUGAAAAUCUUCGACACAAACUUGAAAACCAACUGGAGUGCGAGAAAUCGCAAGACACUGAAGAAAUGGUAAAAAAAUGGCAAGAAACAGUUCACCACAAUGAACAAGAAGUUGAGGCUGUGAAAGAAGAAGAAUCCAGGCAAAUGCAGAUUAUUGAGGAAGAAAUGCAGCGGCAGGAGAAACUGAAGCAGAACAAGUUGACCUACAAGUCUCAAGUAGAUGACAUGGAGGCAGAGAUCAAUGAGGUGCGCAAACGCUUGGCAGUACAACAAAAAGAAAUAGCCGCAGUUCAAAAGAGUAUCAAUGCCCUUGAGGUCAAGCUGGAACAGAAGCGAGCAGAUAGGCACAGUUUAUUGAAAAGUUGUAAGAUGGAUGAUAUUAGAGUACCCAUGAGGCGGGGUACCAUUGAUGACAUCACAGAAGGAGACAAUGCAGACGGUAGCCAGGAGACUCCAGCAGACUCCAUGUCCACUCAAGGGGCCAAAGCUAUUUACGAGAGAGAGGCAGCAUUAGAGAUAGACUAUAGUUCAUUGAGUGAUGAGCACAAAGAACUGGACGCUGGUGAGGAGGUGAAGGCAGCCCAACAAACUAUGGCUAAAGCUAUCACAGACUUACAAACAACUUUACAAAAAAUUAAUGCACCCAAUAUGAAAGCCAUGGAAAAACUAGACGGAGUGAAAGAGAGGUUUCAAGAGACAUCCGAAGAAUUUGAAAAUGCUAGGAGGCGGGCAAAAAGUGCAAAAACAGCUUUUGAAAGAAUACGAAAGAAAAGAUACGACACAUUUAUGCAUUGUUUUGAUCAUGUCUCUGUUAAAAUUGAUGAAAUUUACAAGUCUCUGUCAAGAAACCAGUCUGCUCAGGCGUUUUUAAACCCAGAGAAUGCAGAAGAGCCCUACCUGGACGGUAUCAACUACAACUGUGUGGCUCCAGGUAAAAGAUUUAGACAGAUGGACAACUUGUCUGGUGGUGAAAAGACUGUUGCAGCUCUGGCACUUUUAUUCUCCAUCAACAGUUAUCAACAGUCUCCAUUUUUUGUGCUUGAUGAGAUUGAUGCUGCUCUGGACAAUACAAACAUUGGCAAGGUUGCUGCUUACAUCAGAGAACAGUCCAAGUCCAACUUUCAGUGUAUUGUUAUCUCACUCAAAGAAGAGUUCUACAACAGGGCUGAUGCACUCAUUGGUAUUUACCCAGAGCAAGGGGACUGUGUAAUAAGCCAAAGUCUCAGCCUUGACCUGACUGACUACCCUGACCCUCAUGCCAAUGAACAUGAUGAGAACUAUUUCCCCAGGUAAAUGGUUUUCUUCCCGAACCUUGAGAUGUGACGUUGUGUUGAUGUCAAAAUGUUUAUCUGAACUAUUUUUGUACUAAAUUGUUUUAUCUGUAUCUCAUAUUAUGAAUGAUUGGACCAUUAGCCAUCAUCACUGUAAUCACUUCUCGUUCAUGUAAAAUAACACAAAAAUGUAGAAAAUUAUUUUGAUGUAUAAAGUAAAAUCUCUUAUAUGUCUUUGAAUUCUUGUUUAAACACUUGAGAAACACUUGUGUUGAACUUAAUGUGUUCAUUGUGUCAGUAGCUAGAGAUGUGUACACUAUUUAGUUCAUUGACAGUCUUGUGCAUUUAAAAGUACAGACUUGUUAUGUUUACUCCACCUUUUUUUUUCUUUUAGUUCUGGGUUUUUAUUAUUUAACAUUUUCAAUAAAUGGUUGAAAAUUUU